AUGAAUUGUUUUUCAGUAAAAUGUAACGUAAUUGAUUGGUCUACAAUACCAACACCGCCACGUUUCAUUCAUGAACCAAACGAUCCUACUAUUUAUUUCACGUUAGAAUCAACGCAAACUUCAAAUGGCCAUAAUUUAGAUUAUUUAAAAGAACGAACAUUAAGGUGCAUUGCUAAUGGUAAUCCAUCUCCUGGCAAUGUAUUCGGAUCGAAUUGCUCAACGUCCAAGCGAAGGAUCAUUUGUUUUUCUAAAUUAACUGCUGCUGAUGAAGGUGUUUAUCAGUGUGAGGCAACAAAUGAUAAUGGUACUGCUGUCUCCGAGAAGAUUACUCUGAGACAAACAUGGAUACGGUACUUUCCGAAGGCUGAACCGGAGAUUAUACGUGUCGAUUUAGGUGAUCCAUAUCAACGAAAUUGCACACCACCCGAAUCAAAUCCACCCGCUCGAGUUUAUUGGAUUUUUAAAGGUGAUGAAGAAGGAUCAUUUGAUUCAAUCAAUAGUUCACAUAUCUCAACAAAUGAACUGGCUUAG